ACCACUGAUGGCAGUUCUCGGAACGCACCUGACAGACUAAAUGACAAUAUAAGAUCGACUAAUAUAGGCUUCUUUCAAAAUGACAAAUGGGAUGAAACAUUGUGGAUAUUAAAUUAUAUUUUCGCGCCGAAUGUAAUAUGCUUUUUUAAGUGGAUUCUAGGACUGCAGUUUUCCACCACAACGAAAAGAAGAAAAUAAUUAUUCUAUAACAUUUUAAAAACUUGUUUUAACCCGCCACUAUGGAGUCUGAUAAAAAGCAGCUGACGCUUAAUCUGAUGCUGGCUGUUGGGACCGCUGUGAUUGGCUCCUUGCAGUUUGGCUACAACACAGGAGUCAUCAAUGCCCCUCAGAAGAUCAUUGAGAACUUCUACAAUGAGACGUGGCAUGGCAGGUAUUCAGAGUACAUACCAUCAACCACUUUAACUACGCUCUGGUCCGUAUCAGUGGCCAUUUUCUCUGUAGGUGGCAUUUUCGGCUCCUUCUCAGUGGGCCUCUUUGUAAACCGCUUUGGCAGGAGGAACUCAAUGCUCAUGGUUAAUGUUUUGGCCUUCAUAUCUGCUGCUUUAAUGGGCUUUUCCAAGCUGGCUGAAUCCUGGGAGAUGCUUAUUAUUGGACGCUUCAUUGUUGGCCUUUACUCUGGCCUGUCCACAGGCUUUGUACCAAUGUAUGUAGGAGAAAUCGCUCCAACUUCAUUACGUGGGGCACUGGGUACACUUCAUCAGCUUGGCAUUGUCAUUGGCAUUCUCAUGGCACAGAUCUUUGGUAUUAAAGAAAUCUUGGGGACCUCAACAAUGUGGCCCUUUCUACUUGGCUUUACUUUUAUCCCAGCCUUACUCCAGUGUGCCCUGCUGCCCUUCUGCCCCGAGAGCCCACGCUACCUCCUCAUCAACCAGAAUGAGGAGGCCAAAGCCAAGAGUGUGCUGAAGAAGCUGCGUGGCACUGAUGAUGUGGACGCAGGCAUGCAGGAGAUGAGGGAGGAGAGCAGGCAGAUGAUGAGGGAGAAGAAGGUCACCAUCCCUGAGUUGUUCCGCUCAUCGCUCUACCGCCAGCCCAUCUUCAUUGCCAUCAUGCUGCAGCUCUCCCAGCAGCUGUCCGGUAUCAAUGCUGUUUUUUAUUACUCUACUGAUAUAUUUGAGAGAGCAGGGGUGUCAGAGCCGGUCUAUGCCACAAUUGGUGCUGGAGUUGUGAACACAGCAUUCACAGUUGUGUCGCUGUUCGUAGUAGAGCGAGCUGGCCGAAGAUCACUACAUCUUAUUGGGCUGAUGGGAAUGGCUGUGUCUUCUGUUCUCAUGACCAUAGCUAUGGCGCUAACAGACCAACUGAAAUGGAUGUCGUACAUCAGCAUUGUAGCCGUCUUCAGUUUUGUGGCAUUUUUCGAGAUCGGACCAGGCCCCAUCCCAUGGUUCAUUGUGGCAGAACUCUUCAGUCAAGGCCCCAGGCCCUCUGCCAUCGCUGUCGCUGGUUUCUCCAACUGGUUUGCCAACUUCUUAGUGGGAAUGUGCUUCCAGUAUGUUGCGGUAUGGAAACACGAACACAGUAAUAUUCUUUCUUUUCUUGUCGUUCUCAUGUGUGUUCAAAUACUCACUGGUUGUUCCCUUUAUAGGAACUGACAGGGCCCGUAUGUUUUCAUCAUCUUCACUGUCCUCCUGCUGAUAUUCUUCGUCUUCACCUACUUCAAAGUUCCUGAGACCAAAGGCCGAACAUUUGACGAGAUUUCGGCGGGCUUCCGCUCAGGGGGAGAGAAAUAUACCCAAGAAGAUCUGAACACACUGGGAGCAGACUCACAGCUCUGAGUUUAUACAGUAAUGCUAUAGACUAACCAAGUUACUAUCCUCGGCAUUAGCACAGUGGGUAGGUAUGUUCACAAUGGCAAACUACCUUAUUACUCCUACUAGGAAUGCAGUAGGUUAUGCAUUGUUUACUGCAGAUUUUUUUUCUUUUUCUGACUGCAUUGAAUACCUUGCUGAAAAAUCCAGCAUUGCUGGUCACCAGCAUAAGAGAUGCACCGAUACUAAAUUUCUCUUCCGAUACCGAUAGCCGAUUAUUCAGAAUGAUAUCGGCCGAUAACAAUAGUUUGGUUUUUCUAAGGAAAAAGAAAAUCUCUCCCAAAUAAUGUUGCAAACUAUACAGGGAACCCUCUCAUUUGGUACACUACAAUAUUAGAGGUUACAAUUAACAGCAGAGGUAUUAUAUUCAGCUGCUGUUUAUUUUCAGAUAUAAUAAUUACACUCAAAUAAAAACUGAAAUGUCUAAAACUUAGUAUCACAUAAGGUAGUUUCAUAAGCACUUGUCUUCAUGGCAAAUUUGCACAAACAUAUAAUUAACAGUAAAUAAGCUCCUCUCUAGUGUUUAUAUAUAUAUAUAUAUAUAUAUAAACAUUUGUUAUGUUUAUUUAUAUAUAUAUAUAUAUAUAUAUAUAUAUAUAUGUAGAUAGCUAAGGAACUGUGAACAUUGGAAAACAUUCUUGAGGUAAAAGUGACAUGAUGUGACAUAUUGUUCACAAGCUGUUUUAUUGACGUCUUUCCGCGGUUGAAACACAAAUAAAGUCAUUACAUGAGACAUGAUCCAUUCUGGUAAGUUGUACAGUAUAUUUCAACAUACCUUUGAUGUUCAUUCAUGUUUUUCGAGAUAUAGCUUGUAUUGAAGAAGGAAGAAAAGACUCGCGCUCCGAGCUGCCGCUUAAACUGAGGCAUUACAGCGAUCUGACACGUCACAUUUAAGAGCGUCAAAACCAUAGGUCAAAACGCCAUUUAUUGUUUGAAUUUCAUGAUAAAAUGGACAGAAUUUGAAAACUGAAACUUUAAUUCUUAUCAGAAGUAAUAAAGCACAAAUCUUUUUGCGAUUAUUGGAUGGGAGGCGCUACAAAUAAUAUUUGAUGUAGGAAAAAAACGCAGACCUGGCACACGAGUGAUUUUCUUCUUACACACAGUAUGUAUGAGUUGCAGUCUGAACACGUCUUUCUGCACCCUUUUGAUUGACAGGAUAUAAUCGGCAGUUUUUAAACAAUCGACCGAUGGCCGAUAGUGAUAAUAAUAGCUUUUAUCGGCCGAUACCGAUUGUUAGCCGAUACAUCGGUGCAUCUCUAUAAGAAAUGUUUUGCAUGCUGGUCCCAUCAGCUUAGUUUUUCUUGAGAACAGCAUGACCAGCACUAUACCAGCUCAAACCAGCCAGGACCAACACAGAAUUCAUGCUGGUUUAUGCUGGAUUGUUCAGCAGGGUACUCAAAUGACUUGCUAUACAUUUGCCAAACUGUGCAUUAUUUGACCAGUACGCACUACUUCUAAAUAUUUACUCACAAAGUUAUAUUAAACAUUGCAAAAUUACUAUAUUUAUUUCUGGCAUUGUAACCAGACACAUCUCUCUAACGUAUAACAUGCAACAAUAUAAAAACUGUACCAUAUCACAGUUUAAUUUUUUUUUUUGUAGCAUACUAGUAUAUUUUUAGAUACUGUACUUUUAUUUUUUCACAUACUAUAUUUUUAAAAAAUCUGUAUGAAGUAUGGUGUAGCAUGCAGUAUUUUAAUAUUCCAUUCUGAAUGUUCCCACUUCAUAUUCAGUAGCUAAACAGCAACACAGAAAGUCCUAAACCUUCACUGAUUGUUUUACUUUAUUGUUUUUCUCAUUCUGAAAUGGUGAAUAGUAUCUAUAUCUAAAUAAUAAUCACAAUGUCUGCAUAUUCAAAUGCAUAUGAAUAAGGUUAUUGUUUAUUUGUGUACUACUAGAUCAUUUGAAUGAUUCAGUUAGCACAAUUGUUUUCUUAGACUUGCACAUUUAACCAUUUUAACGAUUCUUUGCUCUUGUCCAGUCAACACAUGAGUUCUGAUAUGUCUGCUGAUAAUCAAGCAUGAGUAUGUUAGAACUGCAUAUUGCAACAUUAUGGUGUCAGAUUAUGAUAUGUUUAUCAAUACUUGAACUGUAGCUUUACCAAGGAGUGUCAAGAUACUAGCACAAUGAAUACAAACACAAAACAAUUAUUUAAUUUUAUAUUGCCGUCCUGCUUCUCAGAAGUGUGGAUUAGGUAUCUAAUACUGUAUGAAGUUUAACAUCUUUCCAAAUCAGACCAUCUCAUUUUGACCUCCAAUAAAUUAACUCAACUAAUAUAUAUAUGUUAUAUUAUUAUAUUUAAGAAGAAAAAAUGAUAUUUUUAGAUUCGUGCAUAAUGUUUAUGAUGCUUGUGUGAUGAUGAGAAUUUAGCAUAUUCAUAUUGUUUAUUUUGCAAAAGUGCAAUAAUUGUUCACAUCCUGUUUAUUUAUUCCACUUAUGCUAGGCAUUAUGAAUGAAACAGGCUUCUAAUAUUUUUUAUGUAAAAAAAAAAAAAAUGUAUUUUUAUGUAUAAAGGUAUAUGUGCUAUGUUGUUUUCACUUAAAAUAGCAUAUACUGACAUUAUAGAACCAUUCAUCCAGAGGAUGUAAGUAAGUUCAGGUUUACUAAAGCAUUUUUUAAUAGAUAUGCUUAGUACUUUGCAUUUUUUUUUAAACUUCCUAAAAGAUGAGAUAUGGUUUUGUUCAGUAUGUCACAUAAAUUGCAUUAGAAAUUCAACACAAGUGCCAAGACAUGUCCUUGCUGGGUAUCCUAUGUUUUCUAAAUAAUCAAUUUUUAGUUGGAAAUAAAUCAAAUAAACAAAACUGCAACAGAGGAAAA